CAAGGAUCAGCUCUAAGUCCAUUUUUAUUUGCCUUGGUAAUGGAUGCAUUGACGCGACAAAUUCAAGGUGAGGUGCCAUGGUGUAUGCUUUUCGCGGAUGACAUAGUCCUGAUUGAUGAGACUCGUAGUGGAGUUAAUGCUAAGCUGGAGGAUUGGAGACAUACCUUGAAGUCUAAAGGGUUUAAGCUGAGUAUGACCAAGACAGAGUACUUAGAGUGCAAGUUUAGUGAGACACCUCAGGAGGUUGGCGUGGAAGUUAAGCUUGGUGCCCAAGCCAUUCAAAAGAGAAGUAGUUUUAAGUAUCUUGGGUCUAUCAUGCAAGGCAGCGGGGAGAUUGACGAUGAUGUCACACAUCGUAUUGGGGCAGCGUGGAUGAAAUGGAGGCUCGCUUCCGGAGUGUUAUGCGACAAGAAGGUGCCACCACAACUUAAGGGCAAGUUCUACAAAGUGAUGGUUAGACCGGCUAUGUUGUAUGGGGCAGAGUGUUGGCCAGUUAAGAUCUCUCACAUUCAAAAGAUGAAAGUUGCCGAGAUGAGAAUGUUGAGAUGGAUGUGUGGUCACACCAGGAGCGACAGGAUUAGAAAUGAGGCUAUUCGGGACAAGGUAGGAGUGGCCUCGGUGGAAGACAAGAUGCGGGAAAUGAGACUGAGAUGGUUUGGGCAUGUGAAGAGGAGAGACACAGAUGACCCAGUGAGGAGGUGUGAGAGGUUGGCCAUGGAUGGUUACAGAAGAGGUAGGGGAAGGCCGAAGAAGUUUUGGGGAGAGGUGAUUAGACAGGACAUGGCUCAGUUACAGCUUACCGAGGACAUGACCUUAGAUAGGAGGCUGUGGAGGACCCACAUUAGGGUAAAAGGCUAGUACAUAGUCUCGUUAUUCUUCCCUAUUCAUAGGCGCACUAGCACAUUACAAUUCCUUGUACUCUCAUUUCUGCUAUUUCUGUUACUAUUUAUUGCUUUCAGUACUUUUGAUUACUCUAUUUUAUCUGUGAUGCCUUCGUUAUUUAUUUUCCUAUAGCGCUUUGAAUUUCUUAACCUUAUCUGACCCCCUUUUAUGCCUUUUUUUAGCCGAGGGUCUCUCGAAAACAGCCGUCCUACCUUGGUAGGAGUAAGGUCUGCGUACACUCUACCCUCCCCAGACCCCACGUUGUGGGAUUUCACUGGGUUGUUGUUGUUGUUGUUGUAUUAAAUAUUUGUCCAGGUGU